CAAAACCCUGUAUAACAAGGAGUGAGGAGGGAGAGAAACUGAGAAAGGAGAGAUACACCGACUUAUUAAGUUUUUCGAGAGAAACGAUGGAGAAGAACAAGAAUACUGUUACCAGUAUCGAUGAACCUAAGUACAGAGGAAUUAAAGCCAUGCCCUUUGUCAUAGGCAAUGAGACCUUUGAGAAGCUGGGGACAAUAGGAACCGCAUCAAACCUCUUGGUGUAUCUCACCACUGUCUUUAGCCUGAAGACCAUCACAGCAACUAAUCUCAUGAACAUCUUCAGUGGUACUUGUAACUUUGGUACCUUGGUCGGAGCUUUCCUAUCGGAUACUUAUUUUGGGCGUUACAAAACUCUGGGUUUUGCUUCAGUAUCUGCUUUCCUGGGCAUGCUUGUUCUCACUCUAACAGCAGCUAUUCCAACCCUGCACCCUCCUCACUGUACAACAGAACACAAUAACAAAUGUACAGAUCCAACACCAGGGCAAAUAGCCUUUUUGUUCACUGCUUUUGGACUACUAGUAGUUGGAUCUGGUGGCAUACGACCAUGUAACUUGGCCUUUGGAGCUGAUCAAUUUAAUCCCAAUACCGACUCUGGCAGAAGAGGAAUCGACAGCUUCUUCAACUGGUACUAUUUCACCUAUACUUUCGCCGUGAUGGCAUCGCUGACUGUCAUCGUUUACGUACAAUCGGACGUGAGCUGGUCCAUCGGGUUGGCAAUUCCGGCGAUUUUGAUGUUCUGUUCUUGUGCACUGUUCUUUUUGGGUACGAGAAUAUAUGUCAAAGUGAUACCAAGAGGUAGUCCACUGGCAAGUGUGGCACAAGUCAUAGUGGCUGCUAUCAAGAAGAGGAAGUUACAGCUACCAGAUCAACCAUGGCUUUACCUUUAUGACAAUGGUAUUAAGGACUCUCUCAACUCCAAGCUUCCCUACACAGAUCAAUUCAGGUUUGUGAGCAAAGCAGCAAUCAUUACCCCUGAAGACCAAAUUAAUCCAGAUGGAUCAGCAGCUAAUCCAUGGAGACUCAGCAGCAUCCAGCAAGUUGAAGAAGUGAAAUGCUUAUUGAGGGUCAUUCCCAUAUGGGCAGCAGGAAUCAUCUACUAUGUCUCCGUGGUCCAACAACAGAAUUACACUGUCUUUCAAGCCCUCCAAUCUGAUCGACGCCUCAGGAACACCAAUUUCAAGAUCCCAGCAGCCUCUUACAGUGUCUUCACCAUGUUGAGCAUCACUAUCUGGAUUCCAAUCUAUGACAGGAUCAUAGUUCCUUGGCUAAGAAAACACACAGGCAAAGAAGGUGGUAUCACACUCCUGCAAAAGAUGGGCAUUGGCAUGUUUCUCUCCAUAUGCAAUAUGCUUGUAUCAGCCCUGGUCGAAAACAAACGCAGGACCAUGGCCCUUGGUGAGCCAGAAAUCAGGUUUUUAGCGAGAAAGGGUGUGAUUUCUUCCAUGUCAGGAUCUUGGUUGAUACCACAGUUGGCGCUAUCGGGACUUUCUGAGGCAUUCACUCUAAUUGGAGAGAAUGAAUUUUUCUACAAGCAAUGCCCAGAAAACAUGAGAAGCAUUGCUGCCUCUUUCUUGUUUGUAGGCCUGGCGGGUUCGAGUUAUUUGAGUAGUUUCUUAGCUUCAAUUGUUCACAGGACAACAAGCAAAUCUGCAACAGAGAACUGGUUGGCUGAAGAUCUUAACGAGGCAAGAUUGGAUUACUUUUAUUACCUAAUUGCUGGUUUGGAGGCCUUGAAUCUAGCCUAUUUCCUAGUGUGUGCAAAGUGGUAUAAGUACAAGGGAACAGGUGGCAAAGCCAUCCAAAUGCAAUCGGAAAAAACGCUCGUAUAAAUUUUUUUUUUUUUUCCUGAUAGUUGAGCAAUGGUAAUGGGAUUGAAAUCUCCAUGUGCCACUAGGCUAGGGCACUGGUAUAUAUAUGCUAUACAUCUUUUUCUUUUUUUGAGUAGUAGUUAUCAUAUUUAAGAAGCUAAUAAAUCAUCUGAUUUAUGUCAAAUCAUUGCACGCAAAAGAUAACCAUUUUAGCGGUGAGAUAUAUAACUUGUGCAUAUCUUGUUUUUGGAUUUUAAUACCUCGUAUCAUUAAUGACAAG